CUAAUUAAUUAAUUUGGGUGAGCAGGCAUAUCACCUUCGCCCUCAGCUACUUGCCGAUAAUUUCCACACCCACACACCCAUUUAUAUAAAAACUCUGUCCACUGGUCCUUUCUCACGGACAGAAUUCCAUCAUUACUCUCCAUUUCAAAGUCUUGCCCACCAACCAAGAGAGAGAGAUGCGUGGUGGUGAGGAGGUGGAGAGCAAGGAAUGGUACUUGUCGGCCUAUGCACCGGAAGGUGUUCCGACCUCCGAUCACCUGAAACUCCAGUCGGUAAGAUUAUCUCUAGCCGUUGAUUCAAUCCCUGAAGGCCACGUGGCCGUUGAGAUGCUCUGGAUCUCUGUAGAGCCCUACUCCCGCACCCGGAUGAGUGGCAUCCCAGACGGCCUCCACCUUCCCCAACUCUCCCUUAAUCAGACAGUGACAACAUUUGGAAUCGGAAGGGUAAUUCGGUCCAAAAAUAGCAGUUAUGCGGAGGGUGAUAUAGUUGUUAACCCGUUCUCCCCGGUGGCUGAGUAUUGCGUGGUGCCGCCCGAUUUUCUCCGGAAGGUUGAUCCGACGGAUGGAAUUGAAUUGCCAUAUUAUCUUAGUUGUCUGGGGUUGCCUGGGUUUGCAGCAUGGGUGGGAAUAGAGGUGCUGGGCUGCCCAAAAGCAGGAUCUAAUGUGUUCAUAUCCGCCGCCGGUGGAGGCGUUGGGAUGGUCGCCGGCCAGUUGGCCAAAAUCAAAUCAUGUCGAGUGGUCGGCAGCACCGGGUCAGAUGAAAAGGUGAAGCUCUUGAAAGAGGAACUUGGAUUUGAUGAUGCUUUCAACUACAACAAGGAAACAAAUUUUGAUGCGGCCUUAAGCAAGUAUUUUCCAGAAGGAAUAGACGUGUACUUCGAUAAUGUUGGUGGCAAGAUGCUUGAGGCAGUCCUCAACCAUGUCAAUAGUCAUGCUCGUAUUGCACUCUGUGGAAUGGUAUCUCAGUACAAUGAGGUGUGGACAAGGAGGGAAGGGGUGAGGAAUCUGCUGAACGCGGUGGGGAAGGAGGUGAGGAUGGAAGGGUUUAUGGUGGGUUCAUAUUUGGAUCGCUUUGGGGAUUUUGCAGAGGAAGUGGAGAGGUACGUGAAGCAAGGGAUGAUCAAGGCGAAGCACAAAGUCUACAUUGGGAUUGAGAGCUUCUUGGACAGCUUGGCUUCACUCUUUUCCAGCUCUAAUGCUGGUAAAGUUCUAAUUCAAGUAAAGCCAUAAAUGGCUUCGUUCCCAACUCAUUCCAACCUACUACCAACUGCUUAAUUAAAUACUAUAGUGGAAUACUGCUGCAUUCAAUGUUAAUCAAUGGGUUGCCUAUAUAUAUAUCAUCGGUGUUCGUAUUGAUGUUC